AUGGGACUGAUGGACUACUUCCGCAACAAAGCUUCGUCGAAAGCAGCCGCAUCGAAGGAGAAGAAAGAGAAAGAAGCGUCGAGUCCAGUGCAGCUGCUACCGCCGCCGCAGCUGGGAAUGCUCAGUGGGAACAGCUCGGGUAUCGUGAGUACGGUUUCGUCGACGUUCGUGGAUGAUAUCAAGCAUGAGGUCAUGGUCAAUUACCUGUUUCAGCAGCAAGCGGCGAUGAUGUGGGGAAAUCCCAUGGACCGGAAUAGUUACUACGGAGCUGCGAGCGUCAGUGGAGCAGAGGAGGGAGUGUUGCUGAGAAAGAGCAAGGGGUACUAUUUGGGGUGCCCGCCGGAGCUGGCGAGGGGGACGCUCGCCGAGGCAUGUACGGCUUUGAACAUUCAAGUCGCAAUGACCAUUCACUCGCGAGUCGUCAAGACAUUCCUCCAGUGGUCGCCGGAUGCUGUGGAUGUCCCGCUACUCAAUGGCCUGCGCAUCCAAAUCCUACCCACAUUGGCGGAUCUCCCGCGAGCGCGAAAGUACCAAUUCGCCGCUUUCAUUGCCGACACAGCGCUACUGAUCGUCUGGGACGAUGACGCACUCAACAUCAUUGCGCGAGCGAAGCAGAUCGAGAACGAGCUCAUGCAGCUCGUGUGGAGGGUUCCCGGCACCGACGGAGAAGACGAAGUGAAGGAGGCCAAGCUUGCGCAGGCGUCGAUGGAAGAGGUCGUGAUCGACGAGGAGAGCGGUGAACUCGGGUACCGGGAACGAAGGCCAACGAUGCUGCUGAAUACCAUUCUCGUUGCGCUCACGCUGACACUGGUCUUCUGUAUGUUGGGUGCUGGAUGGAGGCAGAUUGCGAUUCAGACGGCGGUUGAUGGGAAUUACAUGCGCAUGGCAUUCAUUGCGUUGACACCGAUUCAGGUGUUCUUCACCCUGUUCUUUGCGCAGGUCAUAGUUGGCUGUUUGGCACAGUGCUUCGGCCCCGUCUCGCAGCUGACCGUUAACUCCAAAUAUUACUCGGCGAAACCACCGCCGAGAAUUCGGACUCCAACUCUGCCGCACGUCACCAUUCAAUGCCCUGUUUACAAGGAGGGUUUGGAGACCGUCAUCGCUCCCACGAUGAAGUCCAUCAAGCAGGCUAUUUCAACCUACGAGCUGCAAGGCGGGACUGCAAACAUCUUCAUCAAUGAUGAUGGAUUGCAGCUUGUUAAUCCAGAGGAGAGGCAGGCAAGAACCGAAUUUUACUCUGACCACAACAUUGGCUGGGUUGCGCGGCCAAAGCAUGGAGAGGAUGGUUUUCUGCGACGCGGAAAGUUCAAAAAGGCCUCGAAUAUGAACUACGCCCUCAUGAUCUCCUGCAAAGUCGAGGAGAAGCUUGCUGAAAUUGAGCGCGGCGAGACCUGGACGCAGGCGCAAGAAGCACAGGCGUACGAGCGAUGCCUCAAAGAAGUCCUCGAGGAAAACGGAAGGGCUUGGGCAGACGGCAACGUACGUGUGGGAGACUACAUUCUGCUCAUUGAUUCUGAUACUCGUGUUCCAUCCGAUUGCCUCCUAGACGCCGCUUCUGAAAUGGAACGAUCACCGGAGGUCGGCAUCAUGCAGUUCAACUCCGGCGUCAUGCAAGUCGUCAACCAUUACUUUGAAAAUGGAAUCACCUUCUUUACGAAUCUCAUCUACACGGCUAUCCGCUACACCGUGGCCAACGGCGAUGUCGCCCCUUUCGUCGGACACAAUGCGAUCCUUAGGUGGUCGGCGAUCCAGCAGGUAUCCUACAUGGACGAAGAUGGCUACGAAAAGUUUUGGUCGGAAUCACACGUGUCCGAAGACUUUGACAUGUCCCUGCGUCUUCAGUGCAACGGUUACACCAUCCGACUCGCGGCAUACACGGGAGAUGGCUUCAAGGAAGGGGUUUCGCUUACUGUGUACGACGAGCUUGCGCGUUGGGAAAAAUAUGCGUACGGCUGCAACGAGCUACUUUUCCAUCCCCUCCGCUUCUGGCCAGUCCGUGGACCCUUUACCCCACUGUUUCGCAAAUUUCUGUUCUCCAACAUCCGUAUGACGAGCAAGAUCACCAUCAUCUCGUAUAUCGGUACCUACUAUGCCAUCGGUGCCGCUUGGAUCAUGACUACAGCCAACUACUUUGCGAUAGGCUGGUUCAAUGGUUACCUCGACAAGUACUACAUUGACUCUUGGAAGGUGUGGUUUUCCAUCGUCAUUGUAUUCAAUCUGCUCGGAAACGUUGCCCUCGCCGUCAUGCGUUACCGAACUGCCGAGAAGAGCUUUUUUGGCGCGCUGAUUGAGAACUUCAAAUGGGUGUUUCUCCUGGCCAUUUUUCUGGGUGGGCUCUCGCUGCACGUGUCGCAAGCGCUACUGGCGCACAUGUUCGAGAUUAACAUGUCCUGGGGCAGCACUUCAAAGGAAGUCGAGUACUCAAACUUCUUCAUUGAAGUGCCCAAGGUGCUGCGAAAGUUCAAGUUUUCAUUCGCCUUCAGUACACUCGCGAUCACCGCCAUGAUUGUAUUGGCGACGGGAACCAGCUUCAUACCGGAUUCAUGGAUGAUUCGAGACUUCGUGGCAAUACUACCCAUGGCUACCGUCGCGGGCAGCCACAUGCUACUUCCGAUUGCGCUGAAUCCGGCUUUAAUGACGUUUCAGUGGUAG